GGGAGUCCCGAGCUGGCCGCGCGCGCUCCUCCGCCAGCCAGCCGGCUCUCCCCGCAGCGUGAUCGGGGCGCCGCCGCGGAGGGGAGGGGGGUUCGCUACGUCGCUGGCGGCUGGAGGCUGAAUCGGAGUGGAGACCGCCCCCCUCCCCUGCCCACCUCCCUCCUGCCGCCCUCCCUUGUUCUCGCCGUGCCUCGGCUACACGCCGGCGCUCCGAGCAGGGGAGCGCGGACGCCUCUGCGCCGGGCUCGGCCCGGGCCCCGCCGCGGAGCCUCCCUCCCCUCACCCCGAGCCGCAGCGCGCGGCGGCGGCGGCGCCUCGAGCCCGAGCGACCCGCGGCCGCCGGCGCCGGCGGAGGGCGAUGGGGCUGGGCUGAGGCGAGGCGGCGGCGGCGGCGGCGACAGCGGCGGCCCGGGCCCAGGCCCCCGGUGGCUCUUCGGCGCUCGGGCCCGGAGGCCGCCGUAGAGACGGCCGGGCGGUGGCGGCCGUAGAUCUGACACGGAAACAUCCUUGGAUCUUGGUGUCUGGACAUAGGAGCUCUCAUCAUCUGUUCUGAAGCGCAAGACCUUUCAAACCACUGGAGAUAUGGACAAAGAAGAAAGGAAAACUAUCAACCAGGGUCAGGAAGAUGAAAUGGAGGUUUAUGGCUACAAUUUGAGCCGUUGGAAACUUGCCAUAGUUUGUCUAGGAGUGCUCUGCUCCGGCGGCUUUCUCCUGCUUAUUCUCUACUGGCUGCCUGAGUGGCGAGUGAAAGCAACCUGUAUUAGAGCUGCAGUGAAAGACUGUGAAGUGGUGCUGCUGAGGACAAGUGAUGAAUUCAGAAUGUGGUUCUGUGCAAAAAUUCGCUUUCUUUCUCUGGGAGCUCAGCCUAUUUCAAGUCUAAAAUCAGUGACUAAUAAGGUUUCUAAUGGCCAUGCUGUUCAUUUAUCUGAAAAUCUGGCUGAAGAAAACAAGCAUGAAAUGAACAAAUAUUCACACACUCAGUCACAACAGAUUCGUUAUUUUACCCAUCACAGUAUAAAAUACUUCUGGAAUGAUGCCCUUCACAAUUUUGAUUUCUUAAAGGGUCUGGAUGAAGGUGUUUCUUGUACGUCAAUUUAUGAAAAGCAUAGUGCAGGACUGACAAAGGGGAUGCAUGCCUACAGAAAAUUGCUUUAUGGAGUAAAUGAAAUUACUGUGAAAGUGCCUUCUGUUUUUAAGCUUCUAAUUAAGGAGGUCCUCAACCCAUUUUACAUUUUUCAGUUGUUCAGUGUUAUAUUGUGGAGCACUGAUGAAUACUAUUACUAUGCUUUGGCUAUUGUGAUUAUGUCUGUAGUAUCAAUUGUAACCUCCCUAUACUCCAUUAGAAAGCAAUAUGUAAUGUUGCAUGACAUGGUAGCAGCACACAGUACUGUGAGAGUUUCAGUUUGCAGACUAAAUGAAGAAAUAGAAGAAAUCUUUUCUACAGACCUUGUGCCAGGAGAUGUGAUGGUGAUUCCAUUAAAUGGAACAGUGAUGCCUUGUGAUGCAGUACUUAUUAGUGGUACUUGCAUUGUAAAUGAAAGCAUGUUAACAGGAGAAAGUGUUCCAGUGACAAAGACUAACUUGCCAAAUCCUUCAGUGGACAUAAAAGGAAUGGGAGAUGAAUUAUAUAGUCCAGAAAUACAUAAGCGACACACUUUGUUUUGUGGGACGACUGUGAUUCAGACUCGUUUCUAUACUGGAGAACUUGUCAAAGCCGUAGUAGUUAGAACAGGAUUUAGUACUUCCAAAGGACAGCUGGUUCGUUCCAUAUUGUACCCCAAGCCAACUGAUUUUAAACUCUACAGAGAUGCCUACUUGUUCCUAUUAUGUCUUGUGGCAGUGGCUGGCAUAGGAUUUAUCUAUACUAUUGUCAACAGCGUUUUACAUCAGGUAGAAGCUGGCUCAAUAAUUAUUGAGUCACUUGAUAUCAUUACAAUUACUGUGCCACCUGCACUCCCUGCAGCUAUGACUGCUGGCAUUGUAUAUGCCCAAAGAAGACUGAAAAAAGUUGGUAUUUUCUGUAUUAGUCCCCAAAGGAUAAAUAUCUGUGGACAGCUGAAUCUUGUUUGCUUUGACAAGACUGGAACUCUUACUGAAGAUGGUUUAGAUCUCUGGGGAAUUCAACGAGUGGAAAAUGCACGCUAUCUUUUGCCGGAGGAGAGUGUUUGCAAUGAGAUGUUGGUAAAAUCUCAGUUUGUUGCUUGCAUGGCGACUUGUCAUUCUCUUACAAAAAUCGAAGGAGUGCUUUCUGGUGAUCCACUUGAUUUGAAAAUGUUUGAAGCUAUAGGAUGGAUUCUGGAAGAAGCAACUGAAGAGGAAACAGCACUUCAUAAUAGAAUAAUGCCCACUGUGGUUCGUCCUCCAAAACAACUGCUUCCUGAUUCUACACCUGCAGGAAACCAAGAAAUGGAGCUGUUUGAACUUCCAGCUAUUUAUGAGAUUGGAAUUGUCCGCCAGUUCCCAUUUUCUUCUGCUCUGCAACGAAUGAGUGUGGUCGCAAGGGUGCUAGGGGAUAAGAAAAUGGAUGCCUACAUGAAGGGAGCACCUGAGAUCAUUGCCAAUCUUUGUAAACCUGAAACAGUUCCUGUUGAUUUUGAAACAGUUUUAGAAGAUUAUACUAAACAGGGCUUCCGUGUGAUUGCUCUUGCACACAGGAAAUUGGAGUCAAAACUCACUUGGCAUAAAGUACAAAAUAUCAGCAGAGAUGCCAUUGAAAAUAAUAUGGAUUUUAUGGGACUGAUUAUAAUGCAAAACAAAUUAAAGCAAGAAACUCCUGCAGUACUUGAAGAUUUGCAUAAAGCCAAUAUUCGCACUGUCAUGGUCACAGGUGACAACAUGCUGACUGCUAUCUCUGUGGCCAGAGACUGUGGAAUGAUACUACCUCAUGAUAAAGUUAUUAUUGCUGAAGCAUUACCUCCAAAGGAUGGGAAAGUUGCCACGAUUAACUGGCACUAUGCAGACACCCUAACACAGUGUAGUAAUUCGUCAGCAAUUGGUUCCGAGGCUAUCCCAAUUAAAUUGGCUGAUGAUAGUUUAGAGGAUCUUCAGAUGAGUCGUUAUCAUUUUGCAAUGAAUGGAAAAUCAUUUUCAGUCAUACUGGAACAUUUUCAAGACCUUGUUCCUAAGCUGAUGCUACAUGGCACUGUGUUUGCUCGUAUGGCACCAGACCAGAAGACACAGUUAGUAGAAGCAUUGCAAAAUGUGGAUUACUUUGUUGGGAUGUGCGGUGAUGGUGCAAAUGAUUGUGGUGCUUUGAAGAGGGCACAUGGAGGCAUUUCCCUAUCAGAACUCGAGGCUUCAGUGGCAUCUCCCUUUACCUCCAAAACUCCCAGUAUUUCCUGUGUGCCAAACCUUAUCAGGGAAGGCCGUGCUGCUUUAAUGACUUCCUUCUGUGUGUUUAAAUUCAUGGCCUUGUACAGCAUUAUACAGUACUUCAGUGUUACUCUGCUGUAUUCUAUCUUAAGUAACCUAGGAGACUUCCAGUUUCUCUUCAUUGAUCUGGCAAUCAUUUUGGUAGUGGUAUUUACAAUGAGUUUAAAUCCUGCAUGGAAGGAACUUGUGGCUCAAAGACCACCUUCAGGUCUUAUAUCUGGGGCUCUUCUCUUCUCCGUUUUGUCUCAGAUUGUGAUCUGCAUUGGAUUUCAAUCUUUUGGGUUUUUUUGGGUCAAGCAGCAACCUUGGUAUGAAGUAUGGCAUCCACAUUCAGAUGCUUGUAAUACAACAGGAAGUCUGUAUUGGAAUUCUUCAUAUUUGUACAAUGAAACUGAACUUGAUGAACGUAAUAUACAAAAUUAUGAAAAUACCACAGUGUUUUUUAUCUCCUGUUUUCAGUACCUCAUAGUGGCAAUUGCCUUUUCAAAAGGAAAGCCCUUCAGGCAACCUUGCUACAAGAAUUAUUUUUUUGUUGUGUCUGUGAUUAUUUUGUAUGUUUUCACAUUAUUCAUCAUGUUGUAUCCAGUUGCCUCUGUUGACCAGGUUCUUCAGAUAGUAUGUGUACCAUAUCAGUGGCGUAUAACUAUGCUCAUUAUCAUUCUUGUCAAUGCCCUUGUAGCUAUCAUGGUGGAGAACUUCUUCCUUGACAUGGUCCUUUGGAAAGUUGUGUUCAAUCGAGACAAACAAGGAGAAUAUCGCUUCACCACCACACAGCCACCACAGGAGUCAUUGAAUUGGUGGGGGAAAUACUGCUUGUCCUGGGCCCAAGGCUGUAGAAAGAAGAUACCAAAGGCAAAAUAUAUGUAUCUGGCUCAGGAGCUCUUGGUUGAUCCAGAAUGGCCACCAAAACCUCAGACAACAACAGAAGCUAAAACUUUAGUUAAAGAGAAUGGAUCAUGUCAAAUCAUCACCAUAACAUAGCAGUUAGUCAGUCUCAGUGGUAUGCUAGUAGCAAUAUUGAGGAGAAAGGACUCAAAGAACUUCUGGUCCUGUGUCAGAUUGGUACCAUUUUAAUGUAGAUCCCUUCUGAGAUAGGAGCUAAUUUGAGACCCUUUUUUUUUUUAAAGCCCCCAAACAAAGAUAACUGGCCACCGUAGUAAUCAGUCUGAAGGAACUAUUAUCUUCAUUGAGUAACUCCCAAAUAUUAUAUAUCUUUCCAGAAUUUCCUUACUACGUUUGGUGGUAUUCUUUACACUGGAUACAGAAGAAAGUUGGUAUUCAGUAGAUUUUGAAACUUAGUUUGGCCCUUUAAAUUUAUUUUCAUAUCACCAUUCCCUUACUAGGGAAAAAAAAAAUUCUCUUGCACCAGAGACCCCAAAUUGUGGUCGAUAACAUAAAUGUUACCUAACCUCCAGUGUAAGAAUCCUGUUUACAUAUGAUCACAAUAUCUUCUCCAAAGAAUUCUCAAAUAUACACAUACACACCAGUUCCCUUUGUUAACCUAGAGUUAAGAAUGAGUUUUAGGUCGCUUAUAGAACAACUCAGGUGAUUUCCAUUUAUGGUUUUAUAUUUUCUGUACAAACUACCUGGGUUUUACUUUCCUAAUAGCAAGGUGCUUCACUGCCUUCAUGAGUUGUCCAUGAAAAACUAUUAAAUAAUCUUUUGCUAUUUUUUGGUGUCAUCAGUAUAAUUUGUCUCAGUUAUAUGUUGUAGAACCCUUUCCGCUAAGGAGAAGGAAAAAAAAAUUUUUUUUUUUAAACAAUCAUACCACCCUCUCCUCCUCCCCACACCCCACCCUCCCCUCACACACUUUGAUCAUUUUAAAUGUCUAUUUUCUUAUGUUUUUAAUUACCUAAAGAUAUAGGAUAAUUUUUUUUGUUUGUUUUACCUCUUAAUACUUUUAAGGUUUGAUAUGUUUCUCCUCUUAAUAAUGGGACUUAAAAAUGGAGUGGUUUGGGAUGACUUUUUUCAGAGCAGUAUGGACUUGGUGAGGGUUUGUUUUAUGCCAGUAGGUGGCACUAGAGAUCAGAGCUUACCAAUUUGGAAUUGGAUGCUUAUAAUUUAAGAUACAUGGUUGUGGAAAUUUCUGGGAGACAAAAUAAAGUUAAGUAACAGACAUUGUGUCAGAAGAGAUAUUGAAAAUGCUCUUUGGCUUUCAGUUUUGCCCAUCUUAUGUUUAAAUUCUAAGCAAAAUUAAAGUGACAUUAAAAAUGCAUUUAUAGGUAAGAUCCAACUUGGCAGAGCCCACAGUGAUGAUUGACACAGGAAUCUGAUAGUGCUAUAACAUGGACACUAACCUAGUAGAGCUGUGUGGCUUUUAUCCUUGUUCUUCCUUAAUCAAUAGUAUGCUUGUGCUUUUCAUUACUGAUUAUUAUUUUACUGAUAUAUGUUUACCAAUUUAUCAGAUGUUUCCUAGGACUAUACAACCAAAUGGUUCUCAUGUUUUAUGCUGCAGAGACCUGAAUGAUGUUUGGUAACUGUAGAAAGAUAAAAGUUACACUCAGGAUCACUGUUAUUGCUACCGCCACUAUGAUUCUUACAAAAGCAAUCUAGGUUUUCCAUCAGAAACUAAAUACGAUAUUAAUACACAUUAAGUGAUAAGAACAAUUGUUUCAUGAAUGAUUCUAUGAAGCUAUGCAUCUUAGACCUCUUGAGCUGUGAAUAGCACUGUUUUCUAUAGUUAUGUAUUCUCUGUUUUAUGAUUUCCACAUGCAUUUUCAGUACAUAGGAGUGUUACUCUUCAGUGAGUUCCUAGAAUUGUACAUUUUAUUCUUGAUUUAGACACUGAAGCUUAUAAAGGAAAUGCUAAGUAGCAGCUUAAAAAUCCAAUUAUCAGAUUAUAUUCAGCAUCUUUACGGAUAUGAUCAUAAAGAGCUAUAUUUUUGACACUCUUUCCCUUUUUUUUAACAUUUAGAUUUUAUAAAGGUUUUAUAUCUCAUCUGUCCAUAUUUUCAAAGGAAUGACGUUUUUAAGUAGGUGGGAAGGCAUUUGUAGGAGGUUAGAUUUGAACAUAAACAUGGUGGGUUGUUAAGUUGUUAUUGAUGGCUUCUGGAUGUUAUUUGAAGAAUAUUUGUGACUUCAGGUGUAAGCCCUACUCAGUGCCAUAGACAGACUGAGUCCUCCUCUGUAGGUUACAAUUACAUAGUACUUUUGAUUUUCACAUUAAAUUAUUUGAGUGUAUACAGACCUAAAAAUUUUUAAAUCUGUACAUAUAUUAUUUUGAUGUAUUAAGAUUAAUAAAUAUUGCUGAUUUAAAUUUUAUUUAUGCACAUUAAAGGACAGAAAUGUCUGAGAAAGUAAUUGUUAGAUAAUGAUAUGUAACUUUUUAACUUUUUAAAUAAAUAACAAGAUUUUUAAUGUAUGUCUCCCUCAGGGUUGUUUAAAGUUUUCUUUUCUCCCUCAUAGUGAUAACUAUAUGUUUUGUAUCUAUUAGCACCAACUGCUGUAAAGCAAUGCUGCAAAUAAUGCUUGAAUAAAAGUGGCUAAGCCAACAACAAAAUAAAUACCUUUAUUAAUUGUUUAAUUGUUACAUCCUAAAGCUUACCAAAUCGCACUUGCAUUCAGACAAAACUGUUGCAGUCUUUACUCUAUUUAUUUUAUCUCCUUUGUUUAUGAAAGUACUGCACAGUUAAAAGGCAUGGUAAAUAAUAUAUCAUUGUUUAUUCUUUUCCCCAAAUGGCUAUAGAUACAAUAUCCAGAGAAGAGCAAAAAUUCAAGCUUUAGAAAUUUAUUCUAACUUUUUUUUUUUGCAUGUGAUUUUGACAUCUGAAAAUAGGCUUUUUGUAUAUAUUUAUGGUUGGGAGGUGGUUGGGGAACUUUUAACAAAGUGGAUGUUAAUUUUUGUACAGUUGGCAUUUACACAUAUUUUUAAUGUAUUAGAAUUUGGUAAUUAUGUGCACAUUAAAUUAAUAAGGCAGUUACUUCCUGUUAUGAUUUGUGAAUUCCCUAAGACUUUGGGUUUUUUAAAGUAACUUUAUAUCAGAAAUGAUAUUGCAUUAUUAUAUUUUUAAAACUGUAUUGCUGCUCAGAAUGGUACCCUGAUGUCAAAAAGGCAUACAUUCAUACAUGUACAUUUAGCACUGUAAAUAACCUUGAGACUUUUUUUGAUUGAAGCUAUUCAAAAUAAAAAUUUGAAUGAAGUA